AUGGCCCUUUGCGCAGCCGCCAAUUCCCGGCCGCUGCCCAGCCUGGCCGAGAGCAAGGCAGCCUCUCGCUCCUUUUCCAUAGAGAGCAUUUUGGGACUAGAUCCGAAGAAGGAGAAGAGCCCAACCAUCCCUCCGGCCAGGCCCUGGACAGAUCCCUGCCGUCCCUUAGGGAAGGAUGGAAACCCGGGCCUCUCCCUUCCCCUCUUCCCCGGGGGCAGCCUGCUCCCCCACCCGGGAAGUUGCCCUCUCCCAGAAGAAAGGAUCUUGAAAGGUGAGAAAUACGUGGCGGCCUCCGAAAGACUAUCGUUCAAGAGAGAGCUGAGUUGGUACCGAGGCAGGAGACCAAGAACCGCUUUUACCAGGAACCAGAUUGAAGUGUUGGAGAACGUCUUUAGGGUAAACUCCUACCCUGGUAUUGAUGUCAGGGAAGACCUGGCUCGGAAAUUGAAUUUGGAGGAAGACAGAAUCCAGAUUUGGUUCCAGAAUCGCCGGGCAAAACUGAAAAGGUCGCACAGAGAAUCCCAGUUCCUAAUGGUGAAAAAGAAUUUGAAUACAAAUCUCCCCAAAUAG